AUGGCGAGCAGUACAACAACGAAGCCGCCUGGGUCUCCAGCGUCCACCCGUGACUCACCAUUUACUCGAAGAACUCGACGCGACUCUGUGAACUCCGUCUCCGCCAGUUCCAUGAUCGACAAGGAGCAAAUGUCAAAUACACUUGACAAGAUACACAACUCGGCAAGCCAGUCCAAUGCUCUCACGACCUUCAAUGAUUUUGCUCCACCGCCUCGAGCCUCGCCCGGAGCCGAAGGCAAGGCCUCGACCGGAGACAUUGUUCACCACGGCCUCAGCGGGCUAUAUACUAGGCUUCGAGAGGCAGUCGGUGCCGUAAGCCCAACAAAAACGACGAGCCGAGACGACGACACGACGAUAGAGACAGCUUCAAAACGGACAUCGCUUUCAGGUAGUCAUUUCUCCAAGAACUCCGUUUCCUCCCUGAACCGAAGCGACAGCGUCAUCACCACUGUGCCAGAAUCCUCACAGACUGUCCCAGCGACGGAAGAUCCAUUCAGCAACGCCAGCGCCUCUGGAGAGAGCCGCAGCCUGCAGCCGCCGUCAUCUAGAGGUAGUGCGGGGCUCACUACUACGCCAAAGCCAUCAUCGUCAUCAGCGCGCGUAACUUUGGGAAGCAAGCCGAAGAGCUCUUCCACCCUCGAUCGUGUAGAUAUUCCUGCUACAAGUCAAAGAAAUCCGCAGAGAGACGCCAGCCGCAGCACGGUUCGAACAGAAGACAGUGGUGGCAAAGAGCCGCCCCGUCGAAGUCUCGGGCGAAGUGAUACCCACCACAGCCUCCCGACACAAGAUGUAGCCAACUUUGACGUUAGCGAGGGGAGACUGCCGCCUAUUGCAAAGACAGACGAGGCUUCUAUUUACGAUGGAAGUGUGGAUGCGCCCACCAUGUCACCGCAUCUACAAAUGCCAUCUGCUCCAGGAAAGCACACACGCACCCCCUCUACAAGCUCAUCCAUGCUGGGCCCCGAUCAGUUGAGAAGAAAGCCUGCCAUAAUUGACCGAAUAACUCGCUCUCGAUCUACAGCAUACUCGGUGUCUCGCGAUUCUUCACUCGACCGGGCCGGAACGCAGCACAGCCCCAUCGAAAUGCCAACUGCUGAUUCAAACUACCACGAGACGCUUGCCCAUCACAGUGGUCACGCACGCUUCAGGUCUGGAGAUGCACGCGAUCCUGGCUCAACAACUUCCCACGAAGGUGCAUCUGACCACAUGAGCGCCCAACUGGACAAAAUGGGACGGUAUGUACUAAGCAAAGAGCUUUGGAUGAAGGACGACACCGUAAAAGAAUGUCACCUCUGUCAAGCACCCUUUUCUGCAUUCAGGAGGAAACACCACUGCAGAACUUGUGGCUGCAUUUUUGAUUCAAAGUGUACAAAGCUCGUGUCAGGAGAAAAGUUUGGCGUGCAGGGCACUCUACGUGUUUGCAAGCGCUGUUUAGAAGCAAUGAACCGCCGCCUGGAAGGCAGUGCAUCGGACGACUCUGGUGAUGAGCAGUCAUUCAUGCCGAGAAUCUUUGGCCCUAGUCAAUCAAAGGCCGGCCAAGACUCACCAUCACAGCCGACCAGGGACGGUGAUUCAACAAUAGCUGCAUCAGAGCCUCCAGGCGGAGUUCGCCCCAGCGUUACUCCAAUGAUGGCAAUUCCUGCCACCCGUUGGGUGCACGAAUCAAAUCGUAACUCGGCUGUGCUAGAGAUAGGACUGCCACAACUCAGCCGACCCGGAUCUUCCCGGUCGCUGAAGUCUCUCGCAAAUGUCCGGCCACAAUCAUCAGCAGGGCACAAAAGACACCAUUCAAAACAUGGCUUCAUUGGCCGUCUCAAACGGGCUCCCGAAGAACGAGCUCCAUUCAGAAGAGGGUUCGAUGACGAUACAUCCAAAAAGUCCAAGUUUCCUGCUUUUCAUGACGACAAUAUCAUAGAUCCUGAACUUGCAGAUUUUAUGUCGGACGACUCAAGCGGGGAUGAACAAGUCAGCAUUUUUGCGACUAUGGGUACAGCUGAUGUGCAUCCUGCAGGGUUCGAGCAAGAAAAGUCGAACCUAUCUCCAUUCAUGAAUGCAGGCAGAAAACAUCGACAUCGGCCGGGAGAAAAGAGCAUUAGUGGCAUGAGCCACUUUAGCCGUGGCGCUGCAGAUGACACAAGCGCGCCAACAAGUGUAAUGAAUCACCGGCGAAGCAACAGAAGACGCAACAUGAGCAACGUAAGUGGUGGCGCACACCACUUGUCGUCUCCAAGGCCAAAGUCGGCGAUAUACAAAGCUCCGACCGGCUCGACAGAAGCUCUGGUUCCAAUUGAUAACGGAGAUCACCUUACCAUGAGACCUCCCCGCAGAGAUUCUGUACCGUUCAAUAUACCGUCAAACACAGACUUGAAUAAUGCGAGUUUGAAGCAUAUCGACAAGUUGCUACACCAACUUCUAGAAGAUGCGGAAAUCCCCGAUCCCGAGGCUUGGCAAAAGUCUCUCGUCCCGAUUUUACUUCAGUGUACCGACGACGUCUCACCGAAUGUUAUCAGAGGGGAGGAUAUGGAUAUUCGUCAUUACGUCAAGCUCAAGAAGAUUCCUGGUGGCCGGCCACGAGACACUUCCUAUGUCUCUGGCGUGGUAUUUACGAAAAAUCUGGCCUUGAAAAGUAUGCCACGCAGAAUCGGAAAUCCACGCAUUUUGUUGGUAACUUUCCCUAUCGAAUAUCAACGUCAUCAGCAGCAUUUUAUGAGCUUGCAGCCAGUCAUUGAAGGCGAAAGGGAAUAUCUGCGCGUUGUGGUUCAAAGACUGGCAAAGCUUUCCCCACACCUCGUACUCGUCGAGAAAGGCGUCUCUGGAAUCGCAUUACAGUAUUUCGCAGAGCUUAACAUUUCCGUCGCAUACAACGUUAAGCACACUGUGAUCGAAGCGGUCGCUCGCUGUACCGAAGCAGACAUUCUGAGCUCCUUGGAUAGACUCACUAUGCCGGUCUCCACGGGACGCUGCUCAAGCUUUGAGGUCAAAACAUAUGUCAACAACAACUUUGUACGUGGCAAGAAGUCAUACAUUUUCCUUGAUGGCUGCCGACCGGACUUGGGUUGUACCAUCUCCUUGAGAGGGUCCGACAGCCUCACUCUCUCAAAAGUCAAAUACAUCGUAGAAUUCAUGUCAUACGUUGUUUACAAUCUUCGACUUGAAUCCAGCCUUUUACGAGACGAGUCCAUUGAGCCAGACGAAGGUGAUACCUCACUUUCGAAUUCUUUCGUCAUGAACGAGAGUUUCAAGACUUCUAGCUCUGCAGAAGAUGGAAAACAAGCCUGUCGUCUCGCAUCGCAGCGAAGCUCCAACGACAACGAGCAACAAGCUCAUGCCGCAGCGAAGGGUGAUUUAGAUGGUGCAGCGGACGGCGUACAACCAGCUGAGGACCAACCAAAACUUGCGUCAUUGCAUGAAUCGCAUAAUAGCGGCACGGGAGAUCUGCCGGUGCCAGAUGAUAUACCCAUGCCCACGUUUUACAGCGAUAUGGUUGCCAAGUAUGAGACCAAGAUCUUGUCGGCUUCGCCAUACGUCAAGUUUACCCAGCCGCAUGUUUUGAUGAGAGCGCGGGAACAAGAAAGGCGACUGCUCUACCUUCGACGCCUACGAGAUCAAACCGUCAUUGACGAACAGGAUGAAUCAAGCACUGGUCGCACAAAGUUCCAGCUUAUCAAACCAGAAAUGAUCGAAAAAUUUGGCCAAAAGGCGCCGAAGCAGAUCAUGGAAAUUUUACAUGCCAUGCAUGACGCUGAAUACGAUAAGGCAUUGUUCAAUUACCAAACGGGAACUCGGCAAUGGGAAGCAUACAUCCAAGGCAACUUGGAUCUAUUUGAUCCGUACUCGCAUCAAAACAUUGUCGUUUUGUAUUCCGAAAUCUGCACAGAAACCAAAAUCCCGUGCACUGAGCCGAGUCUCGUGGCGAUUAACUUUUACGACGAACAACACGUGUUCACGGGUAUGGAUCCUGACUGCACGCUUGGCCAAUACAUCCAGGACCUGGCAGAGACCAAAGAUGGAAUUUGCGAUUCAAAUGGUUGCGACAGGAAGCUGAUUGAACACCAUCGUACCUAUGUUCACGACCAGUACCGCAUCACAGUCUUCGUGGAAGAUGCACCACCGGGGGUGACUAGACUUCCAAGCCUCGGAGACCGUAUCACGAUGUGGACAUACUGCAAGAUCUGCAAGAAAGAUUCGGAGGAGGUUCCAAUGUCCGAUGCCACUUACAAAUACUCAUUCGGAAAAUACCUUGAGUUGCUUUACUGGGGUCGCGGUCUUCGCAUUAAGCACGGCAUUGAUUGCCCUCAUGACCACUCCCGAGAUCACGUUCGCUACUUUGGUUUCAACAACGCUCGUGUGCGUAUUCAUUGGGACCCAAUUGACCUGUUAGAAAUUGUGGUACCCAGAGCCAGGAUUACUUGGAAGGUUCAAAAUGAUUUGAAACUGAAGAACGAGGUCUUCACCAGGAUGGAAGAGCGGUGGCGCAAAUUUAUGUCAUCCGUCAAGCUAAGACUGCAGAGCAUUCGUAUUGACAGCGUCUUGCCGGAAAAGGCUGAGCUCUGCAAAGCGGAAGUUGAGGUUCUCACGAAGAAGAUGCAAGGGGAAUUUCCAAUGAUGCUGCGCAAAUUGGAGGAAGUAUAUGUCAACUCGAAGUAUUACGAAAUCGUUCCCUUCAACGGCCUUGUGCGCGAAAUGCUGGAAGUUGCGGGCGAAUGGGACCAAGCUUUUGCCAAGUUUGAGGCAGACUUUUUGGGAGACAAAGAUAUGCGGCAACUGACAAUGAUGCAAUUGAAGAAGUUGUUUACCGACGAGUCGAAAGAGUCUAUAGUGAAUCCAGAAGAAACCAUGGUUUCAGCUACCGACAGCGACAGCCGACCGUCGCAAGGCUUCUCUGAAAUUGACGAGAAGAGUACGCAACCAACAGAAUGUACCGACAUGGAUGCAAGCCUUCUGCGCGCUACGGAUGAUAAAGAGCCUGUCGAAGACAACGACAAAGUCGAGAUACCAGCGGAAGGCGCUAUUGCGCGUGUCGAGGCGCUGGAUUUGGCUGGGUCUGACUCAGCUAUAUCUAGUUCUGAUCAACCACCCUUGAUACCACGCGUGGAGCCCGCGCAGGCCGAGAUCGCUGAUUCGGUUGAUUCCUCCAAAACAGAGCUACAACCUGCUGCUAAGGACACCACCACGGCUGUACGUGACGGCCAGUCACUCACGGAAAAGGUGGAUCGUAUGCGACGCGAACAAGCACGAAAAGCUACCGGGGACUCGGUGAGCGGCAAACAAGAUGACAACGGUAUAACACGCUCCUCACCUCCCAUGGUACGGGCAAUAUCGCAGCCUCAGCGCAUUCCAAGGGCCAUGGCGACCCCAGUCAACUCCUCCAAUAUCGGGGAUCAGGUCGAAAUUGCUGCAGAGCCGCCCGGUGAUGGAUCCAUCAAAGUUGAUAAGCGUUUGUCAGAAAGACUUGGCUUGUCCGCUUUGAAACAACGCGGAAAAUCUGCUACAUCUGGCAUCCCUCGGUUGGUGACGAAGAAGAAGGAUAAGGAGUCCAAGGUUUCAACUCUGACGAGACAUUUCGAGCAAAUUAGCCGAGAGUUUGAGAAGGAGCGCAUUCGUGACAAGAAGAAGCGAGCUGCUAGUCUGCGGUAUCCUCGUGCCUUACUACCAAGAACGUCAGCGAAAGUCACAAUUCAGGUCUACGACGACUACAAUGCAGCGCGUGAGGAACCUGCUCCGGUUUCUGAUGCAUCUGGCGAGCGCAAAACUGAACAAGUCGCUGAUCCGGCCCAGUCAGUAGAGAAUGCGGAUGUUGUCAAGGACGGCCAGCUAUCAGAGUCGCUUCCCCCGAUAGAUGCUGCGCCAAAGGCACCAGAUCAGAUUUCUGUUGCCGACACAGUUGAUACCACGGCUGGGAGAGAUAACCAACAAGACUCAGAGGAUGAGGAGCGCGCAAGUGACACAGAGCCCAGUGUUUCCGAUGAGUUCCUACCUGAUAUCAAGGAGAUUGCCGAUUCUACGCAAGAGAUUCCACUAGAGCUCCCUAAACAUCAAAAAAAUACGCUCAUGAAAUACCUGACAAAAUUCUGGGCAGAAAGAUCUGCCAGUGGCUGGUCUGCUUUGGACUACCCCAUCAACUCAACCGACCACAUUUUCGUUGACUCCAAUGUUAUUGUGCGCGAAGACGAGCCGAGUUCCGUUAUUGCGUUGGCCCUUAAUAGCGAGGACUACAAAAACAAACUCGAAGUCAUCCGUCGCGAACCACCAGAGAUGCCCAAGGCUGAAGCGUCGGACAGCACAGCAGAGCCCAAGCCAACACCGGUGUCAGAGCACCUAGAGCGUCACGCAGAUGCAAGCGAUCUAGAGAAGAGUUUGUUGCGCAUCACUGGAACACAUCUGAAGUACCAGUUCAAGGAAGGCGCGGCUAUCAUGACGUGUAAGAUUUUCUAUGCCGAGCAGUUUGACGCUCUGAGAAGGAAAUGUGGUAUCGCUGGGCGGAUUGUCGAAUCUCUGUCACGCUGUAUGAAGUGGGAUUCUCGCGGCGGGAAGACUAGGUCUGUCUUUUUGAAGACACUCGAUGACAGAUUGGUGUUGAAGUCUUUGUCUCCCGUCGAGACGUCGGCCUUUUUGAACUUUGCCCCAGGCUAUUUUAGCAUCAUGGCUGAAGCACUCUUUCACGAUCUACCGUCUGUUAUUGCCAAAAUGUUGGGCUUCUUCCAAGUCAUUAUCAAGAAUCCGGUUACUGGCACCGAUGUGAAGCUUGAUCUUAUUUUGAUGGAAAACUUGUUUUACGACAGGUCGCCUACUCGCAUUUUCGACUUGAAGGGCUCUAUGAGAAACCGUAAGAUUCAGUCGACUGGCGAACAAAAUGAAGUACUUUUGGAUGAGAAUAUGGUUGAGUACAUUUACGAAUCUCCGUUGUUCGCCCGCGAGCACUCCAAGAAGCUACUUCGAGCAUCUGUUUGGAACGACACACUGUUUCUUGCUCGACAAGAUGUCAUGGACUACUCUCUAAUGAUCGCUGUUGACGAGGCUAGGAAGGAGCUUGUGGUGGGCAUUAUCGACUGCAUCAGAACGUACACAUGGGAUAAGAAGCUUGAAAGUUGGAUCAAAGACCGUGGAUUUGCUGGGGGUGGUCGCAACCGGCCAACUGUAACGAGUCCCAAGGAGUACAAGUCUCGCUUUCGGGAGGCGAUGGCAAGAUAUAUUCUGCAAGCGCCAAAUUGCUGGCAUCUGUUCAAUAACCCGCAAUACCCAGUGUACUUUGGACGUGCCAGAUUUGAAGACCAGCCCGAGCUGCAAAACAUCAAACAAUCCGUCCGAGACUGGGUGGUAGGCGUUCAAUUCAGAAAGCGGGUCUACUACGAUGGAACAACCACGACCUUUUGCUUAAACGUUGCUCAUUCAACUCGCCAUGCUUUCUUGCAGUCACAACGCCCGCCUCACAUGUCCAUAGAUCUCAACUGGGAGACGCUCACGAGCGGCCCGGACGGCGAGGCGCUGGCGGAGCGCAUCCGCGGCUUCAUCCAUGACAAGUUUCAGAGCGUGCCGCUCCCGCGCUUCAUCAAGUCGGUGACGGUGCACGGCUUCGACUUUGGCAGCAUCCCGCCGGAGCUGGAGCUCAAGGACAUUACGGACCCGCUGCCGGAUUUCUACGAGCAGGAGCUGGAGGACGACGAGAGCGAUGACGACGACGAGGCCGACGAGGAGGAGAGCGGCGGCGAGCACAGUGCAACCCCCCACCAUCACCACCACCAUCACAACGACAUCCACAACGGGGCGUCGCGGCAGCAGCAGCAGCAGCAGCGGCGGCGAACGGGCAGGAAUAGGCCGGCGGACCUCAAGACGGCAAUCAAAAAAGAAUUCUCGCUCCAUCACCAUGAUUUGGCGAGCCCAUUCAUGGGAACCUCCACGCCGGGCUUGCUGGGCGGCCCGGCGCUGAGCUAUCUCCACGGACAUCUUGGCACGGGCACGCAGACGCCGCUGGCCGCCGUCGCGGGCGCCCAACUCGGCAACAGCUGGCUCGGGCACGGCUACGACAGCGUGUUGGACGCAGAAGCAGCAGCAGCAGCCACCGCCACCGCCGCCGCCGCCGCAGCAGCUGCGCGAAUGGCGCCGUACCACAGCCGCAACCCUUCGCAGAGCAGCAUCUCAGAGGACAAUUUUCCGUCGAGCUACAUGUCACCACCACCACCACCACCGCCGCCUCUGUCACAUUUACCAGCCGCGGCCCCGUCUCUGCACCGUGAUCUCCGCGAAAAGUCGAGCGUCUCGACGCUGGCGCCGACGUCGAUUGGCACCUCGCGACCGCCGACGCGGGAUACGCACGCCGUCGCCGACUCGGCCAUUGCCGACUCGGACGACGAGGGCGGCGACGAUGGCGACAGGUCGGCGCCGCUUCCCGCCAAUCUCGCGCCGCGGCGCCGCGAGCCCCGCGCCGAGGACGUGCAGGCCGUCUUCCGCAUACAGUACGCGGGCGACAUCCGCCUUAACCUGACGGCUGAGAUCCUGCUCGACUACCCGAUGCCGAGCUUCGUGGGCAUCCCGCUCAAGCUCAACAUUACGGGCAUGUCAUUUGACGGCGUGGGCGUGCUGGCGCACAUUCGGAAGCGCGUGCAUUUUUGCUUCCUGAGCCCCGACGACGCACUGACGGCCGUCGGGCGGCCUGAGGAGGACGGCGGCGGCGGCGGCGGUGGUGGUAGUGGCAGGCCGGGCAGCAGCGGCCAGACAGCCGAGGCGGAGAGCGGAGGAAGGGGGGGCACGAAUGCGCGCUUUGGCGGAUUAUUGCAGGAGAUCAAGGUUGAGAGCGAGAUUGGAGGGCGCGAGGGCGGCAAGCAGAGUCUCAAAAACGUGGGCAAGGUGGAAAAGUUUGUCCUGGAGCAGGUGCGCAGGAUAUUCGAGGAGGAGUUUGUCUAUCCGAGCUUCUGGACGUUUUUGGUUUAA